AUGUCAAGUUCAAGAGGUCUUGGUAGUUAUGAUAGUGGAUUAAGAGGUCAUGGUAGUCAUGGUGGUAGAUUAGAAAGUUAUGAUAGUCGUAAUAGUAGUGAACCAAGAGGUUAUGACAGUUGUAAUAGUGUGAAUUAA